AUCAAACGCCACGCCCCUCUUACUACAUAACAGCUUUAUUAUGCUUAUGAAACCGAGUGGGGAUGUUUAGGCAAGUUCUGUAUAAUUCACCAUUCAUCAGUUUAUACUUUGUCACUAAACAUGUCGAUGUACAGGAAUGCUGUCUGGUUGGUUAAAGGUCUUCAGGAGUACACAAAGAGUGGUUACGAAGCAGCAGCAAAGCAUUUUACCCCCGGGGAUCUAGAUGUGAAGGUUAGCGGGCGGUCCUUUGUGAUAACCGGGGCCAAUAGUGGGAUAGGUAAAAGAGCUGCUUUGGAGAUAGCAAACAGAGGCGGAACAGUUCACAUGGUGUGUCGUAACAAGGAGCGGGCAGAAGCAGCAAAGAAUGAGAUCAUUGAUCAGAGUAAAAAUCAGAAUGUACACGUACACAUAGUGGAUAUGUCCAGUGCUCUGCAAGUAUGGAAGUUUGCCCAGAACUUCAGCCAAGAAAACAGCGUAAAUGUGCUGAUCAACAAUGCAGGAUGCAUGGUGAACCAGCGCGAGUUGACAGACGAGGGCUUAGAGAAGAAUUUUGCCACUAAUGCACUAGGUACCUACAUCCUGACUACGGCGUUGAUUCCUGCACUGAAGAAGGCUGAGAAUCCCAGAGUGAUCACUGUGUCGUCUGGAGGAAUGCUGGUUCAAAAGCUGAACUUGGAUGAUCUUCAGUUUGAGAAGGGAACGUUCGACGGCACUAUGGCCUACGCCCAGAAUAAAAGACAGCAGGUGAUCCUGACAGAGAGAUGGGCAUCUCAACACAAAGAGAUCCACUUCUCCUCUAUGCACCCGGGCUGGGCUGACACACCAGCCGUCCAGUUGUCCAUGCCCGACUUCCACGCCAAGAUGCAGAACAAACUACGGACUGAAGCCAUGGGGGCGGACACCAUAGUGUGGCUCGCCGUCUCCGGGGCCUCCGGACAGCAGCCCAGCGGCCUCUUCUUCCAGGACCGUAAAGCCGUAGCCACGCACCUUCCCCUGGCCUGCUCACGGUGCACCCCACAGGAGGAAGAGAAGCUGCAGGCCACACUGGAGCAGCUCAGCAACAAGUUCAAACCCUGACCGUUCAGUCAGGGUUGGACGUUUACGUAGCAAGAACUCCCAAUACAGCCAUUACAGUAUGUAGUAUAAUUCUAAGAUUGGAUUUAUUUAUAUAAUUAUUUAACCAGUUAUGGGGAAAACCUAACACAUACCUCAAAGUUCAGUGUCUUAACAAAUAGCUAAUGGUGAUGUUAAUACUUUUUUUACUUGCAAUUAUUGGUGGAUUAAAAAAAACUGUUUUCAAACUGGUGACUUUCAAUGGUCCGCGAUCCAGAAUGUCUGGGGUGAAUUAUCCAGUGAUUCUGAAUCCGGCGUAUUCAGUGUGGACAAUCAAUAUUUGAAGAAUGACACAGCACUAGUGCAUACAUCAAGGCAAAGAUUUAUUCAGGAAGAGUGUUGUGAACCAUGACUCUAUGAAACAAAAUGCCUUGUUGAAUGAAUAGUACAUUUAAAUACAUAGUUGUACUAUGAUUUGAGACAUUAAUGCAUUUUUGUGAGCUCUUGUAAGGUGUUCCACUUGCUUCAUUACACCUUGAGCAGGGUGGUCAAGCUCACGAAGGGCCAUCGGCCGUUUCAAGUAUAAAUUUGAUAAAGAUGGACAUUAGAGAGUUACACAUAGCAGCAAUGCGUCACAAAUUACACAUUUUCAAUCCUUGAUUCAGUGCAUGAACUUACGAUAUAUAUUACAAACCUCCACAGCCAAACAGGUAAUCACGGAACACAAACAUGUUAAUUACAU